AUUUCUUUUUCAAUUCCGCCCAAUUUUUCUGAAGGAAAACAAAUUUCCAAUUCGUAUACAUACUUGUUUUUUGUGAUACCACUUUUAAUUCUGUUCAUUAUAUUCAGUAUUUAUUUUGUUAGAUUAAUUCUAAUCCGGUUACGAUUAUUAAAGGUAACAUAUGAUUUAGAUGCUUAAAGUAACAAAAUGUAUGGUACUACAUUUAAAAUUACAAUUGAAAUUAAAUAAGUUUUCUCUCACAACGAAAUGCUCAUAGUCAAUACAAAAUAUGAGUAUUCGAAUACUCAGUAUGUAAAUUCAACAUUCAUAAUUUCCAAUAUAUUCCAUAUUAGUUUUCUUUUUAACUCAAUAUUGAACAGAAAUGUAACAGCUAAUUUUCAAUAAUUAUCAUUUCGUCUGAAUUCCUUCCCAUUUUUUUUUACUACAUUUUCAAUAAAACUUCCGAAUAAACAAUUGUAUUUUAUGUCUCAUAUUGAUCGGUGACAAUGUAGUUGUUUAUUCUUAUAUUUUAUAAUAAGAUUUAUAUUCUCUUGUUUGUUCUACAUUUUUUUGGCUUUUUGAAAGAAACAAUAUGUUAUGCUCCCUUAGUGUCUAUUAUUUGCUUUAGUAAUUAUCUACAAACAAAUGAAUGAUGGUUAGAAUAUCUGAA